UAUUUUAUGCGCUUUCGUGAGUUCAUAAUCGUAUAACUGAUAGGAACGUAUGUAUUAUACAUGGCACACAGUAGAUAAGAAUGCGCGGGAAGGCGAACAAAGGGAAAGUCUUGAGCUGGGAAGAGAAGGAGGGGGGAGGGGUGGGCGUUGCCCGCAAAUCGAACGAUUGAUUGUUGUCCAAUGAUCGUUUGUUUGCAUUCAGAAGGGCGGAGCUAUAAUUUGAAUAUCGGAGUCUAGAUAAGCCGGUGCGGGCGCGCUUCCUCAUUCUUCGGUUGUACUCGAAAAAGGGAAAACCAUGCCUGAACCCGCCAAGUCCGCCCCGAAGAAGGGCUCCAAGAAAGCCGUGACUAAGACGGCUGGUAAGGGAGGCAAGAAGCGCAGAAAGUCCAGAAGGGAGAGCUACGCUAUCUACGUGUACAAGGUGCUGAAGCAGGUCCACCCCGACACCGGCAUUUCUUCCAAGGCGAUGGGCAUCAUGAACUCGUUCGUCAACGACAUUUUCGAGCGCAUCGCCGGUGAGUCGUCUCGUUUGGCUCAUUACAACAAACGCUCUACCAUCACGUCCAGGGAGAUCCAGACCGCCGUGCGCCUGCUUCUUCCCGGUGAGCUGGCCAAGCACGCCGUGUCCGAGGGCACCAAGGCCGUCACCAAGUACACCAGCUCCAAGUAAGAAGUGACAAACUUC